AUGGCCAAAUUCGCCAACACAAUGAAUCUGCCCAAGACAACCCUCCCCCUCUCACAACGAGGUCUCCCCGACACAGAAAAACGUCUCCACAAGAUUGUGGCUGCUUUUGACUCAUGCAAGUUUAGUCUUGUCCUCAAACUUCUGGAGGACUACAGACAGUAUGUCUCCACCAGCUACUUCUCUCGUAUUAAACAUCGGUUGGACAUUUUGAGUAUUUCCAAGACUAUAUUGCUUCCAUUCAAGUUCUCCAUCCAGGAAGUCUGCUCAGACAUGACCACUCCUCUCGAUGGACGUGAAUAUUCUGAUCUCGUGGAGGUGUUUCAAUGUUCUGACGUGACUGUUUCCUCGUGUCCUCCAAAGGGCGAUAAUUACAUAGAAAUUGAUGGUAAUAUUGCUGGUGUGCAGUCUAGAUGUGAUCUGCAGGAUUAUCGAGCCCAGGUCUUUGCAGCCUGUCAGGGAAUACAUAAAGUUCCCAAUGGUCUGAAGACUGGUCACUUCGACGAGGAAGCCAAUGCUCAGCGCCUACAGUUAUUUAAAGACUUUUUGGAGGCCGAAGGUGCCGAACUGGGUCAGUCAAGGGAUUUCUUUCCAUAUUGUGCACUCGUCUGUAUAAAGAAUCCGAGGACUCACCGAGCAUUCAAAAACAUAUUCACGGAAGACUGGGUGACUAGUUUGAGAGGAAAACUUGAAAAGUUUAUGAAUAAAUUCUACAAAACAGAGCGGCCUCGUCUCUUCGAUCUAAGGGUAUCUGUCCGAUAACCAUGUGACAAGGUCGAACGGGAACGGGACUUGAUCGAACGACGUCUGGAAAAAGCAGUCAAGCAACUGAACGAGGUGGAAAUUGAUUAUCGGAACCUAAUCGACACUGCCAGUCAAUUAAUCGAUGUUCUUGAAGACACGGUCAAUGGCAAAGUGGUUGAGGAGUCCUCACAUGUGUGCUCUCCGAUGGGUAUGAAAGUGGCAUUUAUUCGUCAGAAACUAACCAGGGCAACCAAACAACGACGAAAGGAUAUUCUGACCAGUUUCAUCAACAAUGACAUUAUUGGGUGCAGAAGACUGGUGGACUACCAGAAAUACGUUGUCAGAUGUUUCAAGUCGACAUGUACAGAAACUCGCCAGUACAUGGCCCGCUUUAUUAACUCGUUGUCUGUAGGGAGAGACUAUUUGACUAAUUCGCCUACUUUGCUGGUCUCAAUGAUAUCAACAAUGCGUGAGGAAGAAGGGGACACGGUGACUCGACAGCAUUUGAUAGGGGCAAUUCAAAAACUCACUCUGCGGUCAGUCCAACUGAAUAAGACAGUUAGACGUCCAUUCCAAAAAGAAAUGAUAAAAAUGAACUUGAUUGAGUGGAUCAUGGAACAACUAGAGGACUAUCGAAGACUGUCCGACUACUCUCUUGAGUAUGGAGUGGCCCUCCUAAUGAAUUUGUGUCUUCUCCGAGCAGGGAGAGAACGGUGCGUGGGGAAUGCAGGCAAAUAUUUAAAGUUGCUGUUGGAAUUAUUGUGCAAUCCAAACCCCGAGGUAAUCUCUUCAUAUAGUGUAGAUUCAACCAUAUGUCCACGGGACGAUAUACACGCUCCUUUCAGACCCCAGAGUCAGGGUUGUGGGGAACUCGAUGGUAGGCCUACUGCUGAUUCCCAGAACAUGGAAACCCAUCUCACGGAAAUUAUCAGAAACAGCACAUCUGAGAAUGCAAAACAGAUCCAACACAUAAUCAGGCGUUUACAGGGUUCUGAUUGUGAUGACCCUGAUGUGAUGGAACCAGACCUGAAUGAAGGGGAAAUACUGAAUGUCCAAAACAUGCUCAGCGGAGACUCACUGCUAAACCAGGAAUACUGCGUGUCCUCAAAGCCUGGAAAUGAUUUUUACAUGAGUCGGCCGACCACUCCAAUGAAGCCUCCCCCACGAACAGUCCAGCCUUCUCGUACUAAAAUGGAGUCUGACCAGCCUGAGGUCGCCGAAGGACCUCAGGCUCUGCCACAAUCCAUCGCCAACUCAGUCCCCCCUGAGGCACACCUGCUGUACCCUCACAGCAACAUUGCCAACCCUCGCCUGCCUCGAGAACUGCGACAAGCCGGCAUUAAAUUGACUCAACUGGCUGUUUAUGAGACUAUCCCGGACGAUGAGGGGGUCAUUGCGUUAGAACGUCAUUUGGCAGUCCAAACACCCCAAUUUCUCGUGUUCUUCAGUGGGUCAGGCGUGAGAGCGUGUGCUCGCCUACUGACCGACAAAAUGGACUCCCAAAUUGUAGCCGUGGGGGAAAGUGCCGAGGAGGAACUCAACAAAUUGAAUAUCUCCAUAACUGGCUAUCUCAGCACUCCCUCACCACAGUCCCUACUGGCCUUAAUUAAUACUCACAUUAACUAA